GAUAUGGGAGCGGAAACUGACAGGCUUGGCCCGAGCCUGAGCUGCUGGACUAGGCAAUCUUCGCUGCGUGACACGCUUCUAUACCUUGUCUGUCUGUCUCUUCGCGGCAAGAACGAGAUGAAAACCGAAACAUGCGUUUAAAACGGGCAGCAGCAUAUUCCAGUCCCGGCAGACAGUCCAGUCCAACACAGUAGAAAUGAGAAGAGUUCCUCGUGACUAAAGACCACGGCUGAUUGUGCGCGUGUCGACGUGUAACUCUAGAGUUUUCAGUUUUAACCGUAACAGCACUGGCAAGCUGAGCCAGGACGGAUGUGUCCAGGCUCCAGACCUCCUGUGCACAUGUCACUGCUGUGCUCCAUUCACGCAUACUGACUGUGUACGGAAACGUUCAGCUGUUCUAGCUAGCAUGGUCGAGGUGCGUGUCGUGCAGUUAUCCUCUCUUUCAGUUCUGCCUCACAACUUUCCCUCUUCUAUCCCCGGUAGUCGUGGACCUGGUGGGCCUCCUUGCACCCUAGUGGCACGCACACUAGCAACCCGGUUAAAAGGCGAAGCCACCUUGGCACCAUCGUCCAAUUCUGCUCAGAGCUGCUCUGUGGAGUGUUUCCUGAGCACGUCCUACAAAUUUACAAGCAACUAGUUCGAGUAGAGCUAACAUUGCAAUGCUGUAGAAGUGUGAAGCAAGCCCACGGGGUUUUGACGUUACCGCUGCACAUUGCCACAGCGCACCUAGCUAAGGACGACUGCCCCGAGGUUAAUAUGCUUGUUCGCACAGCGGUCACUCUGAUGCUUCGAAUAGCUAUGCAAGGACCACGGGCACUGCAUAUCUGACGACACCUCUGCCCUGAAACGUACUUAAGGCUAUUGGCAAUCGCGUAGUUUUCCCGAUCAUUGGCCUCUCGUGAAUUCCUUUCAGUACCAUCUAUACAACCGAUAUAGCCGAUACAACGUCACUUGAUUCAAUGGGACACAGAGUGGAAGAAUCGCAAGUUUCCGCUCAGCGCUUUCUCGAAAUGUGCUAAUUCUAUCACAGAGCGAUCAAAGGGAGUUCGUAGCAGCAUUCCUUCUCCACAAGUCACCAGUCAAGUCUUGACAUCAACAGGUUAAGACACUCAGCAAAUAACUAUAUCAGAUCACUAGCUGAAGUCGAGGUAGACCUUGUACUGCAUUCAGUGGUUAUUAUCAACUGUUGCUCGUCCUCUCUAACUUCAAUUUCGACGUCUUGAAGGAACCACGAAGCUCCACCAAGGUUCCCGUCUACCCAAUCCUUGGACAAUAUAUCACACGUUAGCACAGCUACGCUACGGAGUAGAGAAAUCUCUUUUCAACCAGUGGAGGACUAGUGUGAAGUCGCAGUGGACGCCUAGUCGUACCUCAUGGCCACUGGACACAUACUGGAAAUGUUGACUAGAGCUCAGCCUACCGAUAAUCAGGUAUCCGCUAUGCAGGGUACGGAUCGCCUACAGCGGUUUCUCUCGCUACCGCAGACCAACACCACACCACCAGACUGUCGACGAUCGCAGACACUGAGCAGAAACGGUGUUCCGCGCCGUGGCUCUGCAGGCAAUGGCAGUACAGUGACUGACGAAUACCCGCAUAGACGAUACAGCGCGCCUGUGCCCUCGACUAAAACCGACGAUACUCCUAUUGUGCUGACCAACUGGCACGUACUGUUCACCACCACACCUCCCGAUCCAUCUGAGUUCAAUCUGAUCUUCAACAAUCACAAUCUCAUUGCGGAUGAUAAGCUGUCGUUGUUAUCUCCUCCCCAGUCGCCACAGCCAACGCCCAGCCGCACACUAAGCUCGUCUCUGGCGUCGCCCACAACACCCGCCGGCAACAAUACAUCAUUGCCAGAGGACAGCAGGGCGUACCGUUCACCCAGUGAUACUCACUCCAGUGGUGAUAUCCACGUGGAGAUCGUCAGGCUCCCCUCCACGUUGUCUCACAGCUCUCACCAGAGCCAUUACCAGCCACAGCAGCAGCAGCAGCAGCAGCAACAACAGCAGCAGCAGCAACGGCAGUCCUACCCUCCAAAGCACGCCUCCCUGGGCCGAAACCACAAACGUCCCACUCAUCAUUACGGCAACAACAUGUCGCAAACACAGCGUGGCCAUCCCGCAUAUCAUGCUAACCUGAACGGUUAUAACCAGCACAUGGCAUCGCAUCAUACACGGCCGAUUCCCGAUAGUCUGGGAAGUCUACGAAUCAGCAGUGACCGACACAGGAGGCCCCCAGUCAGUGCCAAACCGCGGAGAUUGCACGUCCCUGAGAAUCCACGUCUUAUCAAUUACGGAGUUGUAUGAUACUGCAUUCAACUGAAUGCCAGUGGUCAUGGUGACCAUGCUGUCUGGUGACGUACUGCCCCUACUGUGGCAAUGCCUUGACCCAUCUUCUACAUGAUUUGCAUUUGCUGCAGUAUCCAGACAGGACUGGACUUUGAUUUCACUAUUGUUAUUGUGUGAGCUUGAGGUGUGGCGUGCGACGUGCACAUUGCGUAUUGUGAGUUGCUUGGAACGACCUAUAACUAAAGAGAUUAAAAUAUGACGUGAUUAUCUUAUAAUGAGUCAUUCAUCUUGACGUUCAUUCUUUGUGUGUUCACCAUAUUGUACGUGUCUUCCAUGUUUGCUCUUUAUCCAAGAUCAACCGGACGCGUUACUGUAUCUAUUGAAAGUUUGAAAGUUAGUUCUAUUA